CCGAUUUACUUUAGUAAUUUUUAUACCUUUCUGCGUAGUUUCGUCCUAAUUUAUUACAGUUUAAUCCAAACAAUAAAAAUACAAAAGGAAAACUGUUCCACAACUAAAACUCGAUGACAGCUUGACAGCUGAUGUAUAUAAGUUUGAUGUUGCCAGACACAUGAAUAAUGUUAGUUCCUCAAACAUUCAUGUCACGACUUUAUAAACAAACUGUACGCAGACGGUUGUAACACAAAAUCACACCAAUUUUAUUUCACAACAUCCACUAUGAACGAAUUUAAGAAUAAUUAAAAUAAGACGCCAACCGCACUCGAUGAAAUCCCGUCAAAAAUCCAACGUACGUUUUUAAAUUCUCCAAAUAUGCUCGCAUAUGCUUAAUACAUAAGAUCAGCAAAUCUUUCUAUACACACAUCAACUGUACUUGUUUAAACUGAAACAUAUAGAUCAUCUACAUCAUACUACGAAAAAUGCGAGUAACGAAAUUUAUUUGUGUGUAAUGUUUCGUUACUCGGUACUAGAUAGCGUACCCGUUACUCAGUACCGAAUACAUACGGUUUGCUACAGCUCUAUAUCCCUAACGUUUGACAUUGACAUCCGUCAUCAAAUUGUAAAUGUUUUUCAAUUAAUUUUGCUGUUUCUAUGUUUUUGUAAUAAAAAACGAAUGGAAAUUAAACAAUUGUUGGUUUAAAUGAUUUGUUAAAUUAUCUUGUAGUUAUAUAAUAUUGGAUACAGAGCCUCUGUGAUAUCGUCAAAAACAUGUCUGAAUCAUAUGGUAAAUAUAUUGCGGAGAUUGUAUGUCUAAACUGUUUAAUGGACUGGUAAAUAAAGUAUUUUUGUCGCAAUUGUUUGUUACAGAAUAUUUGUUCAAAUUUCUUGUGAUUGGUAGUGCAGGAACUGGGAAAUCAAGUCUUCUCAACAAUUUCAUUGGUAACAAAUUCAAAGAAGACAGAUGCCACACUAUCGGAGUUGAAUUUGGUUCAAAAAUUGUUAAUAUUGGAGGUAAAUCAACAAAAUUGCAAAUAUGGGAUACAGCUGGACAAGAGAGAUUCCGGUCUGUCACCAGAUCAUAUUACAGAGGUGCUGCUGGAGCCCUUUUAGUAUAUGACACAACUUCACGUGACUCAUUCAAUGCACUCUCAAAUUGGCUUAGGGAUGCUAGAACACUAGCCAGCCCUAACAUCAUAAUUUUACUUGUUGGGAAUAAAAAAGAUUUAGAGGAAUCUAGAGAAGUCACAUUUACAGAGGCUAGCCAGUUUGCACAAGAAAAUGAGUUAAUGUUUCUAGAAACUAGUGCUAAAACAGGAGAAAAUGUUGAAGAAGCAUUUUUGAAAUGUUCCAAAACUAUACUUGCAAAAAUUGAAACUGGAGAAUUGGACCCAGAGAGGAUAGGAUCAGGUAUACAAUACGGCACUAACACAUCAAAAAGGCUGAGUGCUCCCAAGAAACCUACUCGGACAACUCCUGACUGUGCAUGCCGUGUUUAGAUUAAACAUCCAUUAUAAUCAUAAUGUACACUAGGCAAAAUUUCAUAUUCAAUACAAAUAUUGUUUGUGUAUUUUCAAUGGUAAGGUUUAUGUUAAUCUAACACAUUGCAAUUUUUAUUUACUUACAAGUCCUAGUAAACUGAUUUAAAUAUAUUACACUACCGUUCAAAUUUCACGAGUGAGAAAAUUGUGGCGAUAUUGUGCCACAUAUUUCUAUACACUCAUAGAAUGUGUUUCAUUGCAUAUGGCUCUAAGUAAGAGGCGAGCAAAAUGCCAGUGUAUAAUGCAAUUCAAACUUCAUGGUGGCUGUGAAGUAAGUGCUAGUCGCGGCAGCAAACAAUGAUUUAAGUGUGUCUGAGAUGUCAGUGGACAGAAACUGCGCAUAGUUGAGCUCGCUGCUAAUUUCACACCUGGCAUAAAGUUUGAAUCACAUUAUUCCGUCGCGCGUCGGUGACUACUUACGACGCUCUCGCCGCGGUUCACCUGCAGAACGUGGGUCCCGUAGCGAGAGAGGGCGCGAUGUCAAACGUUAGGAGAUGCAAACGGGCUUUACUAUAGCAGUUCAUCGGCAGACAUGCAGUGAUGCCGUACCGAGUUGCGUUGCCGACGCCGACUUAAUAAUCAUCCCGCGGAGAUAAGAUUAUUUUUCGAUAACAAAUUCCAUAGCAACACUUCAUCCAUAAAACUAUAAAAACUUUUUUUUUCUAAUAUCAUGGUUUGUCAUGAUUUUAUUCACUUAUUCGUCAUUUCUUAUCAAGAAAAGGACAACAAUACACCUCAGCCUAUUGUAGAGAGAGAAAACGCAGUCAGCUGUCAAGCAACACAAACUCGCUGUUUCGCUCGGGCUGCGUUGAACAGUUCUUUCUUGCUCACUUGAUUGAAUGUUUAUUUACAGAAGUUUGCGUUGAGCAUAUUUUAUUUGAUGCUUGUAUGAGCGUACCGUAUCUUCUCUUUUGUUUUAGUCUAAGUUUAUAGAUAUACAUAGAGGCGUCAAUUUCAUUAAUGAUUGUUAAUGUGACGGGUUGUCUUAUGUAUGUUAUUGCUAUUGCUAUUGCAAAAAAGUGACUUAAAUGAAUUUAAAAUCUGAUUGACGUCUCGUGCAUGUGGUUUUAUGUGAGGAACAUUGACUAGUAAGUACUACUUACUACCCACCCCAGUUUGAAUAUAUGUAACAGUGGCAUGUUCCUAUUUUUUUUUAUAUGAGUAUAUUUGAUUGUUAAAUGUGAUUUAAUGCCAUAGAGUUUUGGGUAAUUAAUGGAGUUAUGUUAUGGAUACAUGAAAUUUGAUUUUAGAUAAAAUUAAAUAUUUAAUGAAACAUUAAGAAUAAUGUGUAUAAAUGAAAUUAACUAAAUGUUAUGAAAUAUAAUAAUAAUCAAAUACUUAUCUGUCCCACAUGACUGCAAUUUUUAAUUGUGAUUGAUUCUCAUUAAUUAAGUAAUCUUUAAGUAAAUAUAUCAUUAUAUUUGUC